UCAAUUUUUCGCUGACGCAAAAUGGAAUUUUAUACGCGAUGUAAUUGAAUAUUUUUCCAAAUUGUUUUUAAGGUUUCUGUUUUUGCUAGAUUAUUAGAACAAUUAUAACAAAUCUUAUAAGUUGUGCUAAACAGAAAAGUCGUAUCAGCCCAGUGACAAACAUAGAGAACAAUAAAAGAGUCGCCAAAGGCACCGGCUUGGGAAUAAUUCUACAGAAACACUUAUAUUUCGAGCAAUGCCGAAAAUGGCACAAGUAAAGGAUUUACAUUUAGGUAAAACCUUGAAUGAUUUGGAAAAACAUUCCGAGAUUCCAGAGGCGCGGACGAAGAAAACUCAUAUAUUGGUGGAGUCGGCUCGAAAGCUAUUACGUGAAGCGGACAAAUAUUUUCGAGAAGGUGAUGAAGAACUGGCCUAUGUAUUAUAUAUGAAGUAUUUCAACUUACUUCAUUGCAUACAUUUGAAGCCUGACUACCCAGAACAUAAGCAGACUGUACGGCAAAUACUGGGCGGCAAUUCCAACAACAAAUUGACCAUGAACAAGCUGGAGCAGCUUAGCUCUUCACUGAGUCGACGUUAUGAAGCAAAACAACUUGCUAAUGGAGCCAAGCAAUCUGCAACAUUAGUGGCACCUACAUUGAAAUAUAACGAACGUGUACGUGACUACAACGAGCUAAGCGCUUCAGAGAAAUUUGACCUGUUGAAAGGGGAUACGCCAAGCACAGCGGCUACGAAUUUAUCAGGUAGUUACUACACGCUGCAACCAUUGGGCGUCAUAAAAUGUGAAGAAAUGUUUGAGCUUAUGAAGAAGAAUAAUGUGCUAAUAAUGGAUUGUCGACCGGCUAAAGAUUAUGAGACAUCUUAUCUAACAUAUCCCUACUGUUUUAAUGUGCCCGAGGAGCAUAUAGUUGCAGGCAUGUCGGCUGGAAAAUUGCAAGACAAAUUAGACAGUAGUUCAAAAAUUUUAUGGUCGGCGCGCUCAGUAAAGGAACAAAUCGUCUUAAUGGAUUGGAAUACAAGAGAUGCCAACCCUUCGGCAACUUCGCCUAUUGCCAUACUGCUUGAUAUACUACGGAAUUGGGAUCCCGACGUAAUUUACCGUUCACCUAUUAAAAUUCUACAAGGCGGCUAUGAGUUCUUUAUUAUGAUGUACCCGACCCUGUGCACCAAUCCUAGUGUGCAAGCGCCUCAACAGAAUAACAAUGAUUUGGAUUUAAUAGAUGACAUUGAAUAUCCUUCAAUAAAUGAUAUUACAAUGAAGGAAGAUAUAAGUGGUCAGAGCUACACAUCCAGACCAGGAAGCAGUAUGUCGCGUCCACUUACCUUCACCGUCUCACAACCACCACCGAGCGUAGAUCGCACUAGUAAAAUGGCUGCUAUGAAGACGUAUGAACAAAAGCAAAAACCUAUUGUGGAAUUAGCUAAGGAGCAGGAGGAAUUGUUGGAGAAAGCGCAAGCUAAUGAUGAACAAUUGAAAAAGGCUUCACAAAAAUUGGAUACGAUAUUCGAAAAAAAUAAGCAUAGUCCAGAUAAAAAACCGAUGACGGCAACCGAAACAGAAUUGCUUUACUAUAUAAUGCAGUUGGAAAGUGAAGCUGCAGAUUAUAAAACUGAAAACGAUCGUCUGCUAGAUGAAAUUGAAAAGUAUAAAAACUUUAAGAAGGAACAAGGUGAUGAGUUAACGCCCAACGAAAAGGAAGAUCUUGAGAAUACUGCACGCCAGAUUGAGCAUAAAAUACAAGAACGACAAAAGCUCAAUGAGCAGCUAGAACGGGAGAAAGAACAACGUGAUCAGCAGUUAGCUAUGACCAUUGCGCGCGCAAGGGUACCAAUAGACAGAGGAGAUGAUAUGUCCAAACCAAAAAUACCACAAUUCGAUCGAUCUGUGAAACCGCAUUUGUCCACAGUGACACAGAGCAAUGCCACAACUUAUAUAGUAGAUAGACAACGCGAUUUCUCACCAUUACCCGGUGCAAUGGGCCGCGGCUUGACCGGCUUAAAGAACUUGGGCAACACCUGCUACAUGAACAGUAUAAUUCAGUGCCUCAGCAAUACCCCACAACUCACCGAAUACUGUAUAACCGACAAAUAUAAGAACUACAUUAGUCGCAGUAAUAAGACGAAAGGUCACAUUGUCGAGGAAGUAGCGGCCCUCAUUAAAGUUUUAUGGAAUGGCAACUACAAGUGUGUGGCCAGCAAGGACUUGCGUUACGUUAUGGGACAAUAUCAGCAAAUUUUCCGCGGUAUCGAACAGCAGGAUUCGCACGAAUUUCUGACCAUACUCAUGGAUUGGCUACAUUCUGAUUUGCAAACGUUGCAUGUACCCGAAAAGACACGUGAUAAUAUAACACCUUCCGAGAAGGCGUGGCUGGAAUUCACCAAAGCAAAAGAGAGUCUCAUAUUGCAUUUAUUCUAUGGCCAAAUAAAAAGCACCGUUAAAUGUGUCGACUGCAACAAAGAGUCCGCUACUUAUGAGUGUUUUUCGAAUUUAAGUCUGGAACUGCCUUCAAAUGCAAACGUUUGUUUUCUCACCCAAUGUAUGGACAUGUAUUUUAGUGGUGAACUUAUACAUGGCUGGAAUUGUCCGAAUUGCAAGAAGAAACGUGAUGCUGUGAAAAAGUUGGAUAUUUCAAAACUGCCACCUGUCUUGGUAAUACAUCUCAAAAGAUUUUACGCCGAUACCGACGCCGUUGGCAAUUCGUACAAAAAGAAGCAAAACUAUGUUCGCUUUCCGCUCGAGAAUCUCGAUAUGACGCCUUAUAUUGCCAAAUCCGAAUCGCGUUCAGCGACACCGAAAACGUAUCAACUUUAUGGUGUCUCCAACCAUUAUGGCUCCAUGGAGAGCGGUCACUACACAGCCUUCUGCAAAAGCGGCAAUUAUGGCAGAUGGUUCAAGUUCGAUGACCAGGUCGUUACACCGCUUGACACUUCCAAUGUGGUAUCCAGUGCUGCCUACAUACUCUUCUACACUUGGUUGCCGCCAAUUCAAAUAACCGAUAACAACAAUACGAACUAGCCUUCAAAUCACUUGCCGGAUACAAAUAUCAAACGUCAAUAUGACAAAAACAUCUUUACGAUUGCUCUAUGGAGUUUUGGCUGCUUGCUGCGUGAAUGUUUGGCUGCUCGAAUAAAGCAAAUACUUACCAUAAUUACAAUAACUCGAGCUAUAGCCGCAUCAACAAUUGUGGUUUUCGCAAGCGGCACUGAUAAGCAGUCAUUGCAUUUUUUUGUUAGUUAUUUGUUUACGCAUUGUAUGAAAAUCGUACACGGCGGGUUGGUUGUGCAUGCGUUCGGACUAGUCGCAGUUAAAUAACUUGAAGUUGUUGAUUUAAAAACAAAAGGAUUUUUUUUUUGUUUUUUUUUUUUUGUGUAAUUGUUUUCCAAUUUUUGACUAUUAUUAAUAAUAUUUUAGUUCUUAUAAAAGUCUUAUGAUAAAAACAAAAACAAAAUCAAACGACGCUCAUACUGAACGGUACAACGUAAUUCAAGAGAGAGAAAAACAAAAACAUAUUAGAAAUUUGUUUCUAUUUCCGUUUACUUUAUUGAUUGUUAUUGCAUAUUUGAAGAGAUGUUAAUGCAGGCAACUGCAAGUAUACAUACAUAUUUACAUUUAUUCUACAGUUUAUGUACAAUGUGAAAGAACCAUACAUGCAUUCGUGUGUAUGUGCAUACAUACGUACAUGCAUACACACAUAUACUCCUACAUUUAACAAUCGCUUUAAAUAUUUCCAGUUACUCCUGCGUCGUUGGUUAUGCAGGCGAACAUAUACUUACAUACAUACAUGAAAUAAGCAACAAUAUAUAAAUAUAAAUAAAAAAUUUGAAUUUUAUGCAAUAUUAAAACUAACACUAAAAAAUCGUUUAAAACUAAAAAAAACCAAGAAAAAAAAAACAAAAAACAAGUUAAACAAAGAAAGCAAAAACGAAAUAGCAUAGUAACAUUAAAUUUAAAUUUUAAAUGAAAUUAAGACUACACGUGCAUUAUAAAAAUUAAAAUAAAUAAAAAUCUU